CCGAUACCAGCUCCGUAGUUUCCGGACUUGUUCAGCUGCACCAGUAAUUUAACCGUCAUUCACAACUUUAGAAAACGUUGUAGAAACGUACUAGUAAAAACGCUCCAUGAUGUUGGCAUUUGCUGUCUUCUUUUUUGUCCAGGUCUUGUCGAUCAAGGCCCAGACCAUGGGCUGUAACUCUAACGGAGACUGCCUGUCCACGGAGUGUUGCCGCUGGUGGAACAGUGCCCGGCCCAUGGCUGAACCGCUCUUCUUCAACCCUGUCAACAGCGACUCGGACUCCACUGCAGGGUACUGUGGGGCGAUGGCUCAGGACGGUGAGAUGUGUACCCUGGAGUACGGCUCCUCCCCGUGUAACUGUGAGUCCGGGCUGCGGUGCUGGGCGGGGAUAGUGGGGGCCUACCCCAUGACCGGUACCUGCCGCACUCCAGAGUACAUCCAGCAGGCUUGGGACACCUGGAACCAGAACAACAACGGGAUGUUCCCUCCUGCCAUGCCCAUGGGGGCGAACCAGGACGGGAUGGAUGUCAUGAUACCACUGUAGUUUGACGGGGAAGUUUUCCCUCCAAGCAGAUGGGAGAUUUACACGUAGAGGGGAUCCAAAACACCUAGCCUGGGUGCCAGCCUAACUAAAAUCUGCUCUCACGGUCGAUUCUGCAGGCAUCCAGAGCUCGAUCGCGAGAUCGGGCGGUAAAGCUAAAAGACUGGCACCCGGGCUCAUCAAAACUGUUACGUAUUAUAGAUUCUCUACCCCGAAUAACUAAGUUGCCUACAUAUUAACACUAAGAGAAACAAAAUAUACGAUAACUUUGAGUCUCUGCUUCGGAAACUUCUUGGAAACAUUGGAAACAAGCUAACUUGUAUCACGGUUGCUCUUUAUUAAAGUCCAUGCAACGACACGUUUGUUAUGCGGAUUUAUGCGUCUCUGCCUGCAUGUAACGUUUAUUUUAAUUGCGCCUGAAGAUUUGUCUCCAAGAACUGAUUCACUACACUUGAAGCCUUAAUGAUUUUCUUCAAUCAGGAUAUGUAUAAAGAAGGGCAAUAACAGCUAAUUAUGAUAAUUGAAUCACCCCAACUUUCUAGACUGCACGUAAACCAUCUGACCAGGUAAAUACGUGUGAGAGUGUACAGGUGAAGUAAACUUUAAGGGUGGGAAGUUCGAUAUGUUUGCUCAUGUUACCUGUAUAGUAAAUAUUAUGUUAUCCUGUGUGGCAUCAAGACGCCGCCAGGCGGCGUUGCUUAAAGCUGUUGCCUCUAUUUAU